CCUGUACAUAUAUCAUAUAGUUUUCGUUUGUUUAGGAGACGUGACAGAAAUCGAACUAGAGCUAAAGGAAGCUCCGGAAGACACGAUCCUUGUCGGAUCAAUGCCAUCCAAAUUGGACGUCAUCGCUGAAAUCAAUUCGACCUAUCCGGAUGGCAUUCCGAAACCAAAUGCAGUUACAGUCAGAGCUGACGAGGCUUUGAUUGUCAUUUUGGUCCUCCUUCUUUGGGCUGCGGCAAUUGCGUUAUUCUUCAAUCGCUGGCGGAAGAUUAGAAUGUUGGAGCCAUAUCAACCGAAAUUUCAACAAGAACAUAGACAAAGCUGUACUACGACUGAACAAAAUCAACUCCAGAAUCGGUGCACAUCCUCGAAAUGCAACAUACUCUGCGGAGACUAUCCGGUGGGGCACGAAUUAAAUUACAUUUCGCGCCAAAUGCGACCAAGGCAAAACAGUGUGUUCGUUGGAUCUAGCGUGUCCUUCCUGCCUGGAGAUGAAGGUAUAUCGCGUCGCACAAAAAGCGCACUCGAUCUUCAGUUCUUAAUGUUUUCGGAAAACAACACCUCCAACGAACAAGAUGCUUUAAAAAACCUGAAGCCAGCCAACGAGUCCACGAAAUUGUUGCAAGAUGAACGAAAGGCUAGUCUCGGUCAAUUGAACAGAAUCGAAACGUCUAAGUCUACCUUUCGAAACAGAGGAAUGAGUAUCUGUCGAUUUGGUGCUUCCCCAAAAUUAUGGCAACGAGACCGUAGGAUGAGUGUCUGCCAAUUUGACAGGAUGGAGGUACUUGCCAGACCAUUGCAAAGAAAUCGUGGUGGAAGUAUUUGUCACUUCGAUAGAAUGGACGUGUUAGCCAGACCGCUGCAGAGAGAUCGUAUAGGUAGUGCUUACUGUUUUGAUAGAAUGGAUGUUCUGGCUAGGCCAAAUUUUUCUCUUGGCAAAAUCUUGAUGAGGGAAAGACGCGUCAGCGUGAGUAAUUUUCUCGAGAAAGACGAGGGAGCAACGAAAGGUAAUCAAAUAGCACGGCGUCUAAGCAGCAAUAGCGUUGAGAAAAUCGAGAAGGCAACGUCUGUUGACGAAGCGGUAUGUGAAAAGAAAAAGGAGAUAUUUGCCAAAUAUAUACCGAAAGAAAAUAAAAAUACUUCUUAUCAACUGGAUCAACCGUCGUGCAGCAAAGCACCCGAAACUGUGUUUGAUUACAAGACUACUUGCCUGUAGCACGAGCAAAUUAUACGUAAAACUUAUUAAUAUCCUAUUGCUAAAAAUCAUGUUAAAUUUUCAAUAUUGCAAUAAUCGUUUUGCUGUUAUGGAAUUAUAUCAGGAAAUGGUAUGUAAUGAUAUGAACAAAAUAUGAAAAAGUAA